AUGCAAAAGCAGAAGUUGAAGAAGAAGACCGAGGAGGAGGAGCAUGGGAACAAAGAGUCGAGCGAUAAAAAAUCGUCAAAGGAGCCUCCACCUCCAGAGGGAGGAAAUAAUGGUUUCAACACCGCCAUCAACUGGAUCACCGGUCUUGCCAUCGCACAAUUCAUUUACUCAAAUUCUGGCUCUUCCUCCUCUCGCGAAAUAACAUGGCAGGAGUUCCGUACCGCCUUCCUCGACAAAGGCCUUGUCGAUAAAUUAAUCGUCAUCAACGGACACAAGGUCCGCGUCAAGCUUCAUUCCAAUGCAACGGGUACCAUGUAUCCUGGCUCGUCAAUAGGAAGUGGCGAUUACUACUUCUCUAUCGGCAGUGUGGAGGCCUUCGAACGUCGGUUAGAUGAGGCUCAACAAGAGCUUGGUAUCCCUAGCCAUGAACGUAUCCCGGUCGCUUUCACAGAUGAAGUGUCUACCUUCCGAGUUCUUCUUGAGCUUGCUCCCACCGUCGCCGUCAUUGGUUUCCUCUACUGGCUCUCGAAACGAGGAAGCGGAAGUUCUGGCAGUGGUAUUUUCAGCAUCGGAAAAAGUCGUGCCAAAUUGUUCGACAAGGACACGGAAGUAAAGGUCAAAUUCAAGGAUGUGGCUGGAAUGGACGAGGCGAAGGAGGAAAUCAUGGAGUUCGUGCAGUUCCUAAAGGAACCUUCCAAGUACGAACGAUUGGGGGCCAAAAUUCCUCGUGGUGCCAUUUUAUCUGGUCCACCAGGUACCGGUAAGACUUUGCUUGCCAAAGCCACUGCCGGUGAGGCCUCCGUUCCGUUCCUUUCAGUAUCUGGGUCAGAAUUCGUCGAAAUGUUCGUCGGUGUUGGUUCGUCCCGCGUCCGUGAUCUUUUUGCUUCAGCAAGAAAGCAUGCACCUUGUAUCAUCUUUGUCGACGAAAUUGAUGCAAUCGGUAAAGCGAGAGAAAAGGGCAGGAGCAUGGGUGGUAAUGACGAACGUGAAUCGACUCUCAACCAACUGCUAGUUGAAAUGGACGGAUUCGGAACACAUGAACACAUUGUUGUCCUCGCAGGUACUAACCGACCUGAUGUCCUCGACCCUGCACUGAUGCGGCCUGGUCGAUUUGACCGACAUAUUGUCAUCGAUCGCCCAGACGUCUCAGGACGUAAGGGUAUCUUUAUGGUUCAUCUGGCACCUCUCAAAUUACACGAGUCUCUUGCAGACUUAGCCAACCUGGCCCAGAAGUUGGCCGUACUUACUCCCGGUUUCUCUGGUGCUGACAUUGCCAAUGUGUGCAAUGAGGCUGCUCUCCGGGCCGCUCGUAAAGGCUCUGAUUCGGUCGAGUCCCGCCACUUCGACGAUGCUAUCGAGCGAGUCAUAGUUGGUUUGGAGAAGAAGAGUCGAGUGUUGAGUCCUCUAGAGAAGAAGACUGUGGCUUAUCAUGAAGCCGGACAUGCUGUCGCAGGAUGGUUUUUGGAAAAUGCCGACCCCGUCCUCAAGGUCAGCAUCAUCCCUCGGGGUAAUGGUGCUUUGGGUUACGCGCAGUAUCUUCCUCCGGAUCGCUACCUUCUCUCUAGCCCCCAAUUGGCCGAUCAGAUCUGUGUCACCCUUGGUGGACGUGUCUCUGAGGAAAUAUUUUUCGGUACCGAGAACAUCACUAGCGGAGCUCAGGAUGAUCUUCAAAAGAUCACUCGAUAUGCCUUUGAGGCUUGCGCCAACUACGGAAUGAAUCAAGUCAUUGGUCCUGUCAGUUACGGUGGCGACCGCGGCGCGAAAGAAAGUUGGAACAAGCCUUUCUCGGAGAAAACUGCAGAGACCAUAGACUCUGAGGUUCGCAAAAUGAUUACAGGUAUGUACGACAGAACGCGAAGCCUCCUCUCCGAGCACAAGGAAGACGUCGAGAAGGUCGCCAAGCUGCUCCUUGAGAAAGAGGUUCUCACAAGAGAGGACAUGAUCAACCUUCUAGGCAAGCGUCCUUUCGCUGGACGUCAGGACGAUAUGGACAAAUGGUUGGACGAGCAUCAGAAACACGGCUUGGCCGGGCCUGCUACCGAUAAGCCAUCACCAUCCUUACCCCCCGAUGACCCCCUUCCUACACCUGCCGUGGCUAUAAAGAAGUUGGACUAA